UUCCUCCCGACGGGCUGCAGGGACAGUGAACUGUACUGCCCGCCCAGGCAACCCGGAACCAGGGUCCUGCCCCACGGCAGAAUCGGGGGGGCCUUGGGUCUGGCGCUGUGUGCUCACCACCUCUCAGGGUGGGACUCCUGGCUCCUGACUAUCCUGACCUUCUUCUUGCCACUGGGCCCAUGAUGGGGGUCCCCAACUUUCAAGAACACAGGGGAUGCGCGUUCUCAGGAAAACACGUCCCCUCGCCAGGCCCCUGGGAACAGUCACAACCACGACGCCUGUCCCCGAAGCGCCCGCGCGGCUCCACGGGGCUCCAUGUUGUCACCCACUGGAUCCUGGACGCCAUCAGCCCGCAGCACGGUUUCCAGACCACAGAAACCGCCUGUUGGGGUGCGGGGCGUUCCACGUCCCCUCGCAGCGCCCCGCUGGGCUUCUGGGCCGCCCCACCCCCACCCCGCGCCCUGACGCUGACGUCACUGGCCGAGCCGACUAGGAGCCGCCGCCGCCCGAGAGUCACGCGCGCCUCCCGGCUGGACGCGCCCUCUGCAGAGAUCCCUCCGCCGCCGCCUGGAAUUUUCCAGACGUCCUGCCGGCCCUUCUUUCGGGCCUCGUCGGGGCGUGGUGACCUGAGGCGACCCCGGCGGCUCCCGUCGCCCACUUAGGAGGGCGCCCCCGCCCACUUCUUCCCGAGCCCCUGUCUCUGGGAAGCGCGCCCCGCCCGACCCCGACAUCACCCAGGAAGAAAGUCUUCUCCGUCAUGGCAUCCGCCUUCCAAAUGUCACUUUGAGCUCUGUCCGCGAUCCCAAAAAGCACUGCUAAGGAGAAGCGGGGAUAAACUGGGGUCCUUGCGUGGGAGGCGCCUGGGAGACCAUGCACCGCCCGGGUCGUCUGCCCGGGCUGGGUCGGGGAGGGACUUUUUUUCCGGUGGCCGUGGAGGAAUCGUUCCGUUGAACAGUGACCCCGGUGAUGCGGCCGAGGGCUAUAAAAGCAAAAGUUGUGGCAGGUCCAGCAGAAGUUAGUGAUAGGGAGGGAGGCGCGCUUGGGUGUAGUUGUGUGGGAGGAAGUGGCCAGUUCAGGGCCUCGGGACAGACAGAGAGAGAUGAUUGAGUUAGAUGAGACUGGGGGGACAGGGGGUGCGAGAAGGAAGCUUGACAAGGAGACUAGGUCUGAAAAAACCACAGUGGGGCAGGCUGCGUGGAAAAUGCCCGCAGGAACCCCCAGAGAGGACAGCCAUGCUCCAGGCCAGGCUGUCCCUACUGCCUGCUGGAGGGGGAACUUGACAUCUGGGAGGGCGCCGCUCUUGCAUGGCUGACCGAGCCCCCGUGCGUUGGUCUGUGUGGAAGGAGGAAGGCAGGGAGAGGUAGAAGGGGUGGAGGAGCCAGGAGGAAUGGGCCGCUGCGGCCCUGGAAAUGAUCAGGAAGGCAGGCAGUGGGUGCAGGCCUGCAGAAGGGCCGGGAGGGCCGAGCUUGAACUUGUCCAUGCCAGCAGCCCCUUUUUUUCCAGACCAAGGGCUGUGAACCCGCCUGGGGAUGAGGUCUGGUCUUGUGGAACUGAACUUAGCUCGGCGGGGCUGACCGCUCUGGCCCAGGGUGGUAUGUAAUUUUCGCUCCCAGGCCGGGCCCAGCCUGGUGGAGUGUCCACGUCUGGGUGCGAAGCCAGGCCCCUGGGCGGAGGUGAGGGGUGGUCUGAGGCGUGAUGUGGAGUUAAGGCGCCAUCCUCACUGGUGACUGGUGCAGCACCUAGCAUGUUUGACAGGCGGGAACUGCGUGGCACGCAGCUCGGGUGUUGGGACAACAUUGACGAACGCUUUGUUUUCCAGGUGGCAGUGCUCCUUUUGGACUUUUCUCUAGGUUUGGCGCUAAACUCUUCUGUGAGCUCACUCCACCCCUCCUCCUCCCUUUAACUUACCCAUUCACUUAAAACAUUACCUGGUCGUCUGGUAAGCCCGGGACAGUAGCCAAGUGGCUAUUGGAGUCGGUAUUGUUGGUAAUGGUGGAGAAAGGCCUUCCCGCUGAGGCUGGGGUGGGGGGGAUCGAUGUUGCUUGCCUGCAGAGAGGGUGGGGAGUGAAUGUGCACCCCUGGGUGGGCCUGCAGCCAUCCAGCUGAAAGUCACAAAAAUGCCUCAUGGACGGUGGUUUGUUACUAUAGUGUUCCUCAUGGCGAGCAGAUGGAACCGGGAGACAUGGAGCCCUUGGCCAGUGUGAGUCCUAGCAGUGCAGGAGGGGAGACCCUGGAGGAGAGAGCCCGCCUCAAUUGAUGCCUGCAGAUUGAAUUUCCAGAGGCUUAGGAGGAGGAAGUUCUCCAAUGUCAUGUUUCCAGGCCUUGCUGGGGAAGCCCUGUAUUCAGGAGGCUACCAUUUAAAGUUUUCAGAUGAGCUUAUGGGGGGCAAUCUUAAAAUAUCCCUGCUCCGGUUCGAGGGGCCAUCAGCUUUGAAUAAAUGCUUGUUCCAGAGCCCAUGAAUGCCAGCAGGCACCCCUCCUUUCCUGGGGUAAAGGUUUUCAGAUGCUGCCUCUUCUAAAUUGAGCCUCCGGUCAUACUAGUUCUGUGCUUGGAACCUUGCUUCAAGAAGAUCCCUAAGCUGUAGAACAUUUUAACGUUGAUGCCACAACGCAGAUUGAUGCCUUAUAGAUGGAGCUUGCAGAUGGAGCCCCGUGACCUCUCACCUACCCUCUCUGUUUGCCUGCCUGCCUGUGCGUUGCUCGGAGAAGUUCUUAGCCUGAUGAAAUAACUUGGGGUGUUGGAAAGCUGUUUAAUUUUAAAUGCCUUAGACGGGGGAUGUAUUAGAGGAAGCAGAUUGUCAAGAGUGUCAUUGUGUUAUGCUAAACUCUGGGAGGGUACAAGUUGGUCAUUCCCAAAUGUGUGUGUGAGAAAUGGCAGGUCUAGUUUGGGCAUUGUGAUUGCAUUGCAGAUUACUAAGAAGGGAAUGGUGGGUAUACCGGUAGUGCUCUUUUGUUCUUGCUUCGUUUUUUUACACCUGAACUUCGUUAGAUUUCAUAAUGCUUUUUUGGUAUUCUAAUAAGAGGACCCUGAGGUGGGAGUUGUGGGAGAUGGGGAGAAGGGGACAGCUUGGCAUUGGUCACAUGGGAGUUGCAGUGUGGGGGAUGGGGGUGUGCAGCUUGGCACUGGGAUUGGGAGGGAUGAGGGUGAAGAAGGGGAAGAGGGUUGGUUAGGUAUAUAGUGUGGGUGGUAGGAAAUGCAGGUUGAAGGGAAUUCUCUGGGGCUUUGGGGAGUUUUGUGCGGUGGGUAAGCCAAGAAAAUGCUAAUUAAUAAUAGUAAGUUAGUGUUGGUUAAGUUGUUGCUUGGAAGUGAAAAGUUUCUUAGCUUUCCCAACGCUUAGAACUUUAAGUGCAAAAAAAAAAGAAAAGAAAAAAACCCAAAACAAAAUUAUUUUGCUUUGCGGCAAGGUGGGGAAGACUGAAAAAGUGUAACCGAAAACAGAUGACACAGUCACCCGUUUUCCGAGAACCACAGGGAGGGGUGUAUGAUGCCAUCUCACAGGCAGGGCAAGUGUCUUUACCAACUUCCUCCUGGUGACCAAGGCAGCCUGUUUUAGAGGGUUGUUUUGUUUGGGGUGUGGGUGUUAUCAAGUGAAUUAGUCACUAGAAAGAUGGGUGUCAGAUUUGCAGACGCAGUAGAUCAGCAUCCUUCGCUGCCCCUUAGCAACUUAGGUGGUCAAUCUGAAGCUGUGAAGGUGUGAUUUUUCAGGAGCUGGAAGUCUUAGAAAAGCCUUGUAAAUGCCUACAUUGUGGGCUUUUGACAUAUUUAAGGGACCGCUUAAGACGAGAUUAGAUGGGCUCCUCUGGAUUUGUAACUCAUUUGUCACAGAUACCUUGUGAUUGAAAAUCAUGAGUGAAGUGAAAUUGCAGUGCAUUUCAAGGGAAUUUUGUAUGUAAAUCGUGCCUUAGAAACACUUCUGUUGUCUUUUCUGUGUUUGGUCCAUAUUAAUAAUGGCAAAAUUUUUGCCUACCUAGUAUCUUCAAAUCGUAGUCUUUGUAACAAGAACCAAAUAACCUUUUGUGGUCACUGUAAAAUUAAUACUUGGUAGCAGACAGAAUCCAUGUACUUUUGCUAAGGUUAGAAUGAAUAAUUUAUUGUAUUUUUAGUUUGAAUGUUUGUGCUUUAUAAAUGAUCCAAGACUAGAGGGGAAACUAUCACCUAAAAUCCGUGUGGAAAACGAGCUAAAAAGGAAAGGGGAUGGGUAUUAUGGGGAGGGAGUGGGUGAGGUGCCUUUACUACAUGUGUGAUCUGAAAACCCUGCUUGGUUCUGAGCUGCGUCUAUUGAAUUGGUAAAGUAAUAUCAAUGGCCUUUUAUCAUUUCCUUCUUCCCUUUAAAUUUCACUUACAAUUUUUAAAAUCAUGGUUAUUUUUAUCCUUGGGAUCUUUCUGUCUUCUGAAUUCUGUUUUUUAAAUGUUUAAAAACAUGUUGACAUGGUAGUUUAGUUCUUAACCAGUGACUUGGGGAUGAUGCAAACAAUUCCUGUUGUUGGGAUUUAGAGUGUAUUACUCAUGCAUGUAUGGGGAAAUAGUCUCCGGUAUGCUGUUGUGAAAUUGAAACUGUAAAAGUAGAUGGUUAAAAGUACUGGUGUGUUGCUCUGUAUGGUAAGAACUAAUUCUGUUACGUCAUGUACGUAAUUACUAAUCACUUUUCUUCCACUUUACAGCACAAAUAAAGGUUUGAGUUCUAAACUCA